AUGGGCACUUCCAGCAUCUUCCUCUGUAUCCUGUUCCUCUGUGGAGCACUGGGUCUCACCACUUCCCCUGCCCGAGGUCGGCUCCACUGUUACACUUGCACCUUUGCCAAACCCUGCUACCCUGUUCCCACUGAGUGUCAGGACGACGAGGUCUGUGGCACCAGCAUUGGCACCUCAGACCAGAAUGAUGAGGUCAUCGAGAGGAAAGCUUGCCUUCCAAGGGCCCAGUGCCCUCUGCCGGGCCAUACCACCUACUGGCUUCGCUCCUACACGUUGACGCAUCACUGCUGUGAGCAGGAUCUGUGCAAUGCGGCCACCUCGCUGCAGUGGCCUCCCAGCCUCCUCCUCACCACCCUGCUCCUCCUUGCUGUCAGCUUCACCUGGGGAGGACACCUUUUCUACUAG